AUGGUCCACAGCACUCGAGAUCCCGCGACUCGGAUAAGGCACAUAAAGGAAACCAUUCUAAGCCUUCUAAACUCAGGUACAGAAACCGCCGAGAAGUUGACCAACUCGACCUUCGAACCGACCAACCUAAGCGAAGCCGUCAGCCAAUCGAAUGCCCUAAAAAGGGCCGUCACCAACAUCACCGGCAAGAUAGAACAGAGCGUCACGCUCGGAAAUGAAUGGAGAUCAUUGCGAUCGGGCAAUGAUGACGCCGAAAAGGAUUAUAAUGAUUUCGUGGCAGAUAAUUUAAUUAAUGAAAAAAGAAAGACGCUCGAUGUUUCACUUCAAGACCUAAAGGUGAUGUUAGAAGGCGUUACUGAGCACAAAACGAGGUUCGAUAGAGAGCAUCUCCUGGCGAAUACACCCGUCAUCCCAAAGACCUCACAGAGACUGCGUAGACAACCUCAAAAGACUCAUCCAAUUGUCACCCCUCGGAUGCAAGCUGUCUACGACGCGCAUAAUCCUGACUUGGAGAACGAUGAUGAGGAAGAAGACGACCCAGGAGAAGAAGAAGAAGGAAACAGAAGUCAAGGAAGAGCCAGAAACGCCAGGCAAAACCGGAACGUUUCAAGUGGUACACGGUCGAAUGUUGGACGGAGAAAGCUAGAACCAAUAGUAUUCUCAGGAGAUUUCUUAGAAUACACGUUGUGGAUGACCUGGUUCUUGGCUGGUUUUGAUACUCCGGAUCUGUCAGCGGUCGAAAAAGCACAGUAUUUACUGUCGAUGGUGGAAGGUGAACCGGCAAGGAUCUUGAAGGGCAUAGCGCUCAACGACUUUGAAGAUAUGUUGGAUGCCUUAGAUCAGGCAUACGAUAGACCAGACAUCAUCCAACACAAGCUGCUCCAGAAGGCUAAGAACGUGAAAGUCGGUACUGGAGGAUUACGACAGUACAUCUUGGACAUAAAGAUCACAAGAAGGCAAAUGCAACAAAAUGGUUUGGAAUGGGAUUCACCAUUAUGCAUACAAGAACUGGUUGACAAAUUGCCAGUCGAGAUAUUGGUUGAGUUGGGAAGAGUUAAGUGGGCCUUAACUUCAACAUCAGAAGUGUGGAAUAUGGACUUGCUGAUAAAGGCCCUCGAAGCCGUUGAAAGAAUGAUGACUCUGCCAAAUCUCAACCAGUCAAAACGAGCCGUUUUCACGACAUCGACCAGCGAACGAGUUGAGGAACAAAACAGACGAACCGGAACAUCUUCUCAACAAAGACCAAAUACCUUUGUGAAAAGAUAUCCAUGUUUGUUCUGCAACAGAACGGAUCACUCGUCAUUAAAAUGUCUGAAGACAACUACGUUAACGGCCCGAAAGGAAGCGCUACAGAAGUCAGGACGAUGUUUCCGGUGCCUAAGUUCAGACCAUCAGUCACGUGACUGUCAGGCUAAAUGUCCGGAGUGUGGAGCAGCCCCACAUCGAAUUAUAUGUAAACAGUUGCCCGUUAAUGUCCAUCUUACCCACACAGAAGUGGAAGAGGAGGAUGAGGUGAAUGAUGAAAGUCUGGCCCUAGAACAACUCGAAAUCGAGCUGGACGAAAAGCUGAGUCAGCAUGAGGUGGAAAACCCGGAGCCAACAACAGAAGGGACCGUUUUUGCUACCAUGGCUAAUGAAGGUUGUUUCCUAACAGCGGCAGAAGUUCCAUACCGAACAUCUACAGGGGAGGUGAUCUCCAUAGCCACUCUUCUGGAUAGUGAUGCUGAUUGUAGUUUCAUCACCGAACAACUAGCCAAGGAAAUAGGAGUUAAGACAGAGAAAAAGGUACUAUUGGCGACACAGGUUCUGGGUGACCGCUAUAACAGCGAAGUCAAACAAACCACAGUCGUCAUAACAACAAACGAAGGCAACAUCAAAGUACCAGUUUAUGUCGUACCAAAGAUAACCGGAAGAAUAAAAAUGAGAUAUUGGACGGGAAAGGAAAUACAAGAAUGUAUUGUUGAACCACAAGCCCUAUUGGAGGCCCGGACGUUUUGGACGAUAAUCCAGCCGGUACGAGAUAGGCAAGGGGAUGAACUAGUACAAUCAACUAUUGGACCACUAGUUAUUCCCCAACGACGGCCUACAGGCACGGUCUUGACUACUUCGACUGAGGUCGAAAAGUCUUGGUCGUUGGAGAGUCUGGGCAUAACUGAGUCGGUAGACUCGGCUACUCAAAAUGAAGUCCUUUGGCGUGAAUUCCAGGACAAGACGAUUCGGACAUCAGAAGGACGGUUUCUCGUACAUUGGCUCUGGAACGGAAAGGAGACUGAAUUGUCGACCAACUUCGAACAGUGCUACCGUAGAACCGAAGUCCUGAUGAAAAGGUUGGAGAAAAAUGAAGAAUUGAUGGCUGGAUACCGUGAAAUAAUCGAUCAACAACAGAAAGAUCAGAUUAUAGAGUGGGCGAACGACGAAGCCGGAAAGAACGUGCAUUACUUGGCCCAUCAGAUAGUCCUCAAGGAAAGUUCACAGACGACAAAACUGAGAGUCGUCUAUGAUGGAUCCGCUGGGAAGUUGUCCCUCAACGAUUGCAUGCACGUGGGGCCUUUAGCCGUUCCACCGCUUCUGGAUAUACUCUUACGGUUCCGAACAAAGCAGGUUGUCGUUUUGAGUGACAUCACCAAGGCCUUUCUUAUGCUAGAAUUGGCUAAGGAAGACAGACGCAGUACGAUUCCUCACUAA